UAUAAAAAGGCCAGUCGGCUGUAGAGUAACAGAAAACCGGCUCGUGCAGUGCAUGUGGGCAGGCUGCUUGUCCAGAGAGAAGCAUUUCUGACGCAUAACAGGGAGACACUUCAGGUAAACAGCCCGUGCGGCUCUGGAACCACACUGAGGAGACGGGAGUCAUCUAGUUCCAACGCAGCAGUUGUUCCGGCAACAUCAACAGACUGUCAAACGCGCAGAGAUCCUCAUCAACUCCAUGGAUUCUAUGUUUACAAGUGUUGCUGCGCCUCGAGGACACACAUGAAACCCAGAACGCAGCGGCGAUGCAGGCGAUGCCGGACUCCAAUGCUUCAGGCUUCAGCAGCGACUUUAACAGCAGCGCCAUGGCACCCGACGCGGCCUGCCCACACAGCGGCCACCCUUCGAACCCUAUCAUUGCCAGCCUCACGAUGACUCUGGGCAUCCUGUUCAACGUGGUGGCACUCAUCAUUCUCAUCAAGGCCUACACCCGCUUCCGGCGGAGGUCGAAGGCGACCUUCUUGCUCUUCGCCAGCUCCCUCGUGGUCACGGACCUCACAGGCCAUGUGGUCCCUGGAGGACUGGUGCUGAGGAGAUACUCGAUGGCCAAUAUGACAACCUGGGAUGCUUCGACAGAUCCAGACAGCCCUUGUCAGUUUCUGGGAGGUUGCCUGGUGUUUUUCGGCCUCUGCCCGCUCUUUCUGGGCUGUGCGAUGGCCGCUGAGCGCUGCCUGGGUGUCACCAAGCCUCUGCUGCACGCUCGGCUGGUGAGCACAGCACGGACGAAAAUAGCCCUGUCCAUGAUCUGGCUCCUGGCUCUAUGCGUGGCCCUGCUACCUGUAUUCCAACUAGGGGACUACACUAACCAGUACCCAGGAACGUGGUGCUUUAUUAAGGUGAAGGACACUAAUGCCAAAGAUCUGAUCUUCGUGAUGCUGUUCUCUGGACUGGCUUUUGGCUCUCUUGCCCUUGCCUUCAUCUGCAACACCAUCAGUGGGAUUACACUCAUCAGAGCCAGGCUAAAGAAUAAUUCCUACUCACAGAGGUUCUCUGCGAGGUCUAAUGACACAGAGAUGGUGGUCCAGCUGGUCGGCAUCAUGGUCACCUCCUGCAUCUGCUGGAGCCCUCUGCUGGUCUUUUCGCUGAUGUCAGCCACGCGCUCUUACAGCGAAUCCCACCUGAGCGAGGAGGUCGCCUGCACGUACAGCAAACUCAUGAUGACCGGCGUCAGAAUGGCGACCUGCAAUCAGAUCCUGGACCCAUGGGUCUACAUCCUGCUGAGACGCGCCGUCCUCCGCAAGAUCUACCGCAUCACCAAAAAGCAGGCCAGCUUCAAGGGGAGCACCUUUCGCUCCAUCCGCUGGGACGUCAGCUACAUCCGCAAGUCGGAGAGUCUCCCUGGAAAAAAGAAUUCGAUCAGAGGAAGCACUGGGAUGUGAAACAAUGAGAUAAAGGCGACAGCUGUUCAUUUAGAACAGAAGACCUGAGAAAGAUCCAUAAGAUCUGCCUGUCAUGGCUCCUUUGAGUGCAACUCACCCUGACCGGUGUAAACAAAGCCAGUUGGAUCUCCGUCUUUGAGUAUUGAAGACUGAAUGUAGCAUUUCACAUAGGUUUUCUAUGUAUGAGCAAGUAUAAGACUAAAGAAGAGUGGAAAGGCCCAGCUGAGAGAAAAAAACUGCUACUGGUUUGUAACAGAGCAAAAAGCAGACAUACAGAGGGGCUUAAAAGUCUAGAAAUUGUUUUUAAAUUUCAAUUGCAUCACUUGGCAUAGUUUCAAAUUACAGCCAGAUGCUUCCAUGAACUUACUUUCCAGUCACAAGUGAGUAUCUUGUUUUUGUCAGCUUGAUAUGAUGUCUUGAAGUGCAAUAAAGCACAAACAAAAGAGAUCUCUGAAGAUUUGGGGAUGAGAGCAGCAAUUGUUCACACUCCUGUAGGCUCAAAUGAAAACGAGAAUGGUCAUGGUCAUAUAAGUGGUUAAGUGAUGAAGAUCCCUUCCAGUGGAAGACAAAAAAACAGAAAAUAAAGUCAUCAAAGCAUCUCUCAUGUCGUCUAUGUUGUAACCUACAAGUUCAAACUAAAAGCAGUGAUGCUGCUUUGUCCCGGGUUUAUAGGGACAGGUGACCACAGGCAUCAUGAAGAAGUUAAAAAAAACUUUGGACAUGUGGAUAUAUCAAACCAAAGCAGCACUUUUUUUGUCUAAAUGAGCAAUGUCAAAUAAUAAUAAUAACAACAUAAAGCAUUACAUUUAAUACACUAAAACUGCUCGGUUAAAAACAACUCAGUUUACCUCCUCAUUGACUCAGCAUGCUGAGAUAAGUUCUCAACUACAAAAGUUGGUUAAAAUAACCAAUAUCUACUUAUAAGGCCACCAAACACUGAUUAAAAUAAUAACCCAGAACCAGGAAAGAUUAGAUUUUUGGACUUAAGUGAAAUAAUCCCAUCCAUCCUCAGUCUUUGCAGGGUGGUGGGUCGGGAGGGUUUUUCCAGAGGUCAGUGGGAGAGAGGCAGGGUGCAACCUGGAAAGGUCACCAUCCUAUCACAGGACAACAUGGAAAUGAUCAAGAAAUAUCCACACAUGUAAACAACUAAGAGCGGUUUACAAUGACCAAUAAACCUGAUAUCCAUGUUUUAAAAUCAGGAGAAGGAAGCAGGAGAACCCAGAGAAAAGCUUUAGAGACAUAAGGAGAGAAAACAACAACAACCUCAACAAUGUCCAACUAAUUCUUUUUGGCAACUUUAAUGGCAAAUAUUCAUGCUUAUAUAACUUUGUAUAAAAUAUUGUCGGCCUAUAUGAACUUAAGAACCAUUUCUUUAUUCAACAUGUUUGCGUUAACACAGCCCACUGAUGUAAGCAUUAUUUUCCAGACAAACAAACUGGAUCACAAUGUUUGAGUAAAACACCAAAAGAGCGUAAACCAAGCAUUUGAGUUAAAAAUAAAUAACCCAGCAGGGUUUUGUGUGUAAAACUAUUUGCAAAAUGUGGCUGUGGCCCUGGGUUGGUCGGCCCUAUUUUUUAAAACUGAGCUAAGAUAUUCUGCCACACGCACAAGAGUCAUUAGCCCUGGAUCGCAUCAGCAAACUACAGGAAAAUGUUAGGAGCUCCUACGUGCGCUGAAUCUGAAGAGAACGUUGAUCACCUUUAAAGACAAUGAGUAUAAGCAUGGACGCUAUUUUAGAGUGCUAAGUUUUGAUGGUGGAUGUUUUAAAACCUAAUGUUAAUGAAAGAGAAGGAUAAAAUUAGUCCUGAUCCAGAAUUGAUGGGAAAAACUUGAAGGGAGGUUUAGGAAAGUCUGAAAAAUCCAGAAGCUAAAGCUAUUAUGUUUAGAGAUUAGGGAAAAACGAUUCAGUAUGUAAUUAUGAAUCAGUUUCCCCAACCAGAUGGCGCCCUCUUUAUAAAGCAGCACCCCUGGUCAAGAUAUUUUAAAACGUUCAGACGUGUU